UAAAAAAAAAAAGAAGAGAAAAGGAAAAACGAAUUACAAGGCGGUUCGGUCAUCGGUGUCCCUAAAGGUGCCAAGUGCACCCUACGUGGCCACGUUCCCCAAUUCGCAAGCAAUUCUCAGUUCUUGCUCGCUCACAGAGUCACUCAGCGAGAUACGCACAGAAAAGACUUUCAUCGCAUGCUUAAUUGAGGUAUCGACCUUAGAUACAGUUGCGCAUUCUAGCAAACGCGUGUGGUGCAAAAACUCUCUGUCUGACAUGGGUUCGUGAACUCUGGCCCCCUAUCUAGGUCUGCCGAGAUCUUAUUGUAGCCAAUGAGGAAUGUCUUUGCGAGUCUCAACCGUCGCGGUCAUAUCUCAGUGCUCUCCAGAAGUUUACGCCAUGAUUGUACUGUUGAUGCCAUCUUGCAGAAAUGCACAUCAUUGGCAUGUCAAACAGAUCUUGAAAUUGUUAGAAGAAAAUAUAAUUGGAACCCAUUAUGCCUGUUGCACCGGAAUUCAUUUUCUACUGGCUUCACCAGCGUGCACGGUGAGAGCCCAUCAGCAGAGUAUGCAAAGCUGAGGAAGGAAUCACUCGAAAGUGAAUUUGGCCAUGCUCUUGGAACUUAUGGAAAAAGUAUUUCCAUUGUCCCUCGUUUUGGUCCAUUAUUGGCUUUGUAUAGAGGAGCAAUUAUUUCAUCUUAUGUGAUAAAGCUAAGCAUCUGGCAAUUCUUCGUUCAAGACAUCAGAAAACGUGCUGUCAAGUUCCGCGAAACACUAAUCCACUUGGGGCCUUUCUACAUCAAGCUUGGGCAGGCGCUGAGCACUAGGCCAGAUAUACUGCCAGCUGUAUAUUGCCAAGAGCUUGCUAAGUUACAGUUGGGUGUUCCUGUUUCACAAGUAUUUGCCGACAUCAGCCCAGAGCCUAUUGCAGCGGCAUCCUUAGGGCAGGUUUAUAAAGCUCACCUGCAUUCUGGAGAGCUGGUAGCUGUUAAGGUACAGAGGCCAGGUAUGUCGCUCUCAUUGACCCUCGAUGCGUUGUUAUUCCAUAUGAUUGGGGGUCAAUUGAAGCGGUUUGCCACAGCCCAGAAAGACCUAUUGGUAUCUGUAAAUGAAGUGGUCAGGCACAUGUUUGAUGAGAUUGAUUAUGUCCUAGAGGGUAGGAAUGCUGAACGUUUUGCUUCUCUCUAUGGUUACUCCCCAUGUAGUGAUAAUAGUAGACAAAAAAAACCUGCAACUGGGAAAACUGUGACAUAUGAAAAAGCAAACUGGGUUAAAGUUCCAAAAAUAUAUUGGGACCUUACCCGGACUGCUGUGCUUACAAUGGAAUGGGUUGAUGGAAUCAAGCUUACAGAUGAAAUUGGCUUGAAGAAGGCCUGUUUAAACAGACGGAAACUGAUUGACCAGGGAUUAUAUUGCUCUUUGAGGCAAUUACUUGAGGUGGGAUUUUUCCAUGCUGACCCACAUCCAGGAAACCUUGUUGCUACUGACACUGGCUCUCUUGCGUACUUUGAUUUUGGAAUGAUGGGAGAUAUUCCUCGCCACUAUCGAGUGGGACUUAUCCAAAUGCUUGUGCACUUUGUUAAUCGUGAUUCUCUGGGUUUGGCAAAUGACUUUCUUUCUUUGGGAUUUAUUCCUGAAGGGGUUGAAAUACUGUCAGUUUCAGAUGCACUGCAAGCAUCCUUUGGCACUGGCACUAGACAAUCUCAAGACUUCCAGGGACUAAUGAACCAGCUAUAUGAUGUUAUGUAUGAGUUUAACUUCUCUCUACCCCCAGACUAUGCCUUGGUGAUAAGGGCUCUGGGAUCAUUAGAAGGCACAGCAAAGGUUCUGGAUCCUGAUUUCAAAGUCAUUGAGAGUGCAUAUCCUUUUGUCAUUGGGAGACUUCUGGAAGACCCAGAUCCGGAUAUGAGAAAAAUCUUGAGGGAAUUGCUUAUCCGUAACAAUGGAUCUAUGAGAUGGAAUCGGCUAGAACGGCUGAUGGCAGCGAUAUCUGAACAGCCUUCCAAGUCGAGUGGGGAACCCACUAAUUCUGAGGAUAAUUAUUCAAGUCCUCUGGGAUGGAAAUCAUUUGACAUGCGGGCUGUCGUUGCUGCCACUGAAGAUCUUCUACUAUUCAUUUUAUCUGAAAAGGGUCUGAGGGUGCGCGUUUUCCUUCUUCGGGAUAUAAUUGGAGCAGCUGAUGUUUUUAUGCAGGAUAAAGUUGUUGAUUGCAUUCCAAGUGAGAAUGUUGAAGCAAGAGAGACACUAGAAUUUGAGGAACACGCUAUGCUCACAAGGAUUGUUGAUGGUUUUCGAUAUUUCUGUGAAGCCAUAAAAUCGGCCCCAGCGGUGUGGACAGCAAUGCUAUUACGCAUGGCCGCGAAGCCAGAGGUCCAUAAAUUUAUUUUUGAUAUGAUUUCAGCUUUGGUCACGCAUUUUAGUUUCAAACUUACAGAAACUUCAUGGGUUUGUAUUUCUAGAUUUCUUCACAUGUUGGUGAAAAAAUGCAGCUCUGAUGAAUUAAGACAUCAGUAAUCCCUGUCCUCUUUCAGUUUUUUUUUUAUCUGUUUCCCCGACAAUAUUUGAUAUCCCUGGUACUGUGGCAAGUGCAAGUACUCAAUGACAAGAAAAUAGAAUGUUUGCAGUUCUACAUAGAAUUCAAGAAAAAGUUUUCAGACCACUGGCUUGGGAAAGAAGCCGUGUAAAAUAGAGGAUUGAAAAAGGACAGCAUAGGAUUGCUUAUAAUUUGUCUGGAAACCAAGGGAAAUAGCUGGAAGUGACACCACGCCAUUCCUGUUGAUUUCACAGCGUCUUAUCAAGUGAUAGCGAGGAAGAGUUUGCAAGAUGGGGGGUCGUUAAUAUAUACGAAUGUCGAAUGUGCAUGAGUAAAUGAUUGUGCGAUUAACAGCGUCCUCACCUAAGUCAAGAGCACUGUAAUAUUUGACGUUAACUUCAUCGUUAUCACUCUCUGUUCUUUCUGUGUUUUUCCUUUUAUAUUUCUUUCCCCUUCAUUGACGAAGCCAAGCAUUUAAGAAGCUCAUGUUGGGCAGAAAGGCUUCUGAUUGUUUUUAGGAACAAUUCAGACAAUUCAAAUUAUAAAAAUUUUCAAUUUGUAUUAUAAAAUUAGUUUCAAACUGCAA